GCGCAUGCGCGGCGGGGGUGGCCGCGGGGCCGGCGGUGGACGGACCUUCUCUCUCUUUUUUUUUUUUUUUUUUUUUUUUUUUUUUUUAUUUUAUUUCUUCCCCGUCUUUCAGGAGGGACAAAAUGGCGGCGGCCUGACGCCGGGUUAAGCGACGCCGGUGAUCCACCGCAGCAAAGGGCCCGGCCGGGGGAUGGUGAGCAGGCGGCGGGCCCGGGCAGCCCCUGUGAGCAGACUCCGCCUCCCGCCCGCCGCAGCCGCGGCCCCGCCGCCCCGCACCGCUCCGCUCCGCUCCCGGGGGGAGAGCCUCCCGCCCGCCCGGCCCCACGGGGUGAGUGCCCGCUCGGCCCUGCCCUCCCUUCGCGGAACCGCCAGCCCCGGUGCCUUUUAGGUGUGGAAAAAUGGCAAAGAGAAUUGCAGAGAAGGAACUGACUGACAGAAACUGGGAUCAGGAGGAUGAAGCUGAGGAGGUGGGAACAUUCUCAGUAGCUAGCGAAGAAGUCCUGAAGAACAGAGCUAUUAAAAAGGCAAAGCGCCGAAAUGUUGGAUCAGAGUCUGAAAGUGGAGGAGCUUUUAAAGGGUUUAAAGGCUUUGUAUCGCCUUCUGGAAAAGAAGGUGGCUUCAGCGGAUUUGGUAAUGGUGCAGGAAUAAAGUCUUUGGAUGGGCUGUCAAAUGGAAGCAGUAGUGUCUCUAGCACUCCUUCUUUCAGCAGUUUAAAGACCACCUCUGAAACACAAUCAGCAUUUGGAUCCACAAUGUCAAAUGGUCCUACUACUACUGCAUUUACUGAGAAAAAGGCUGCAAGCCCCAAAGCUAAUGGUGGCAGUCAACCGUCCUCAUCUGGCUAUGCUCAGAGUAAAGUCUGUAGCUCUAGUGUUUACCACAAACAGUUAGCAGCUUUAAACUGUUCUGUGCGUGACUGGAUAGUUAAGCAUGUAAACACAAACCCACUAUGUGACCUGACACCUAUUUUUAGAGACUAUGAGAAGUAUUUAGCAAAUAUCGAACAGCAACACGGAAGCAGUAGUGAUAGUGGCUCUGAAACUGAAAGCAACAAGACACCUGUCUCUCAGUCUGUUUCUGCGUUUGGGAAUUCAAAGCUACAGCAAGGAUCAACGUUUUUGUUUAACAACAACAAAAGUGAGGAUACCUCGGACAAAAAACCUGAAGCUGCAUCAGAAAAAAAAGACCCAUCGUUAGGAGCUACAUCAACUGUCUCAUUUAAUUUUGGGAAGAGUGUCGACAGUUCUGUUUUGGGUUCCCUCGGGUCAGGAACACUUAGUAGUUUCUCAUUUUCUCCUGGGAAUUCAGGUUUGUUUGGAAAAGAUGCAAACCAGGCUAAGUCUGUCACUGCAGUAUCCACCAGUGUAUUGGAAGCUCAGACAGAAAGUGGCAAUAGUGAUGAUAAAGGAGAAGAGGAGGAAGAAGAGCCACCAAAAGUCAUUGUCAAUGAAAUAAAAGAAGAUGAUGCUUUCUACUCAAAGAAGUGCAAACUGUUCUACAAAAAGGAUAAUGAAUUUAAAGAAAAAGGUGUAGGAACAUUACACUUAAAACCAGCAGGAAAUGAAAAAACUCAACUCCUAGUCCGAGCAGAUACCAAUUUAGGAAACAUACUGUUGAAUGUUUUAAUUCCACCUAAGAUGCCAUGUACAAGAACCGGAAAAAACAAUGUUCUUAUAGUUUGUGUUCCUAAUCCACCGAUCGAUGAGAAGAAUCCAGCUGUUCCUGUCACUAUGUUAAUAAGGGUGAAAACCAGUGAGGAUGCAGAUGAGUUGCACAAAAUCUUACUGGAGAAAAAGGAGGCUUAAAUAAGUUGCAGUCAGUGAUUUGAGGAAUUAUUGCCUAACUGCUGCUGCUCUUUUUUUUUCUUCCAUAACUUCACUUGAACACUUAACUCUCUACUCUGAUAUUAAGAACUGUUCUAGGAAUUUUGGAAAAAUUCUGUGAGGAAAAGCUAAACUAGCUAAUAAAAGCUUUAACAGAACACAAGUGUUGGACUGUGCUCCCUCAUUUUUCAACAUCUAAAUGCGGGACCCUCUUCUGGAUAAAAGCACGUACUGAUUUAAAUUAAAGCAUGUUUUUAACAGCGGUCGAUUUGACCGAAUGGACUGAAAUCAGAGUUCAAAAAUAUCGUACCAGACCUUCCUCACAGACUGUGGUGCAAUGCAACAGCCUCCUGUUUUGAGAAGGGAGGAUGUUGAAGUUUACCUGUUGAAACUGUUUCCAGACUCCAGAUUUUUAAUUUCAAUUGGUCUCUCAUUCUGGUGAGACUAAUUUUUCAAACUCGGUGACAACACUGUACCCCAAGAAGGAUAGUGUGUAUUGUACUGUGUUUUAACUCGUACAGACUCGUGUGCUUUUGGGACUCAGAGACUGCAUCUCCAGAGAAUUAAAUUUGCUUGCAUAGUUUUGUUGACAGUAGUGUUUCUUAGAGAAGAACUGUCAUUUCUGUUCUUACUGUAGCAACAAGCUAAUGAUGUGCAAUAGUACAAGCAGACAACUGGAAGACUGUUUAUCUUGGACCACGGCCCCAGCAGGCACGCACUGACUGACUUCUCCCAAGUCAGAGGCAAAGGGUUGCACUGCCAUUAUGGUCCCUUUGAGGUAUUCUUCCCUAGUCCCUUGGGCUAAAACUGAAACCCAGCAGAGGCAGAGUUGUAAAUGUUGUACUUGUCUUGCUACUAGUACUUUUCUGAAGAUAUCUCUUUUCACAAAUUUCAGGAUUUUUAUAGAUCUUUAUAUUGCCUCUGGCCCUUACCAAGAAUACAUGCAUAAAUGUGUGUGUGUGUCUUAAUUAUUUUUCCCAUGUGCUAAAAUGACUGCUUUACUGCAUCACAUUAAGUAAAGCAGUAGUUUGCAGCUUUAGGACAAGUUGUCUGUUGUAAGUAGGGAUCAGUGGGUUAAUCUAUAACUUAAUUUUCAGCUGUGUUAAAAUUAACCACAUGGCAAUAAUUUGUGGAUCAGAAUAUCAUUCUGUUCUCAAGUUUUAUCAGACUGUGUUUAGUUACUUAAUUAUUUUCUUUUUCAAAUGUUGUUUGCUGGAAACUCCUUCCCUAACAAUUGUUUUUCUGCUUCACUUCCAGCUCUGGCAACUAUUCUAGAGCUAGAUGGUAAUUAAACUUGAACUGUUCUCAGAUCUGUCACACAGACCAGCUCUGGGGUGAUGGAAGAAACAUACCAACCUGCCUCUGGCUACUGUGGCACAGAGGAGAAAUUCCAUUCUUUAAAAAAAAAGCAGCAUGAUGCAAUUCUCACAGGGGCCCUGGGUAUCCACAGUAGUGGCAUCCCAGGGGUGGAGAAAAAGCAGCAGCACCAUUUGAUUAGAUGCAGCACAACCUACCUGCUCCCUGCGAGGGGGACAAACGGCUGCACAAUUCAGGUUAUGGCCUUUUUUUUCCCCCCUCUUAACUAAAAGGAGGAAAAACUUUAUAGAAUCUGUUGCCCUUUUGACCAAAGUUCAAGAACAAAGGCCUUUGCUCACAUUACAGCUAUGCCGAGGUCACAUGAAUUGCAUUUUUAACACUCCACAUGGAAAGGGAGCUCAGAUACCAUUUCAGAUAUUAUUUGAAAAACACUGGUGCCUUUUUUCUUUUUGCAUCUGGCUCAGUACUUAACCCUUAAAAGCAAGUGACAUUACUUUCCUCAAAAUAACGUGCUUUUUUUUUUUUUUAAAAAAGUCUUGCCUAUACCUACUUCAGAGGCCAAAAGCUAAAGGCAUGCAUGUUAAUUGUGUGUGAAUGAAAAGCAGAACAUUGCCUGAAAGUUCAUUAGAGGCUCAGGUUUAAUGUCUAAGGGCUCAGUUAAUUUUGCAUUUGUCUUUUGUCUGCAGUGUCUUAAACAUGUCUCCACACAGAAAGGUUUAUAGGCUAGAGCACUGGGCAUGGCUUGAAGAGCAUCCCUGUACAGAUCGUGUCUGUGGUCUUGGGUUUGUGUUUGUUUCCUUCUGAAAGCUCAUGGACCUGUAACUGUUCCUUCAUCCACUGAAAUAUGGACCAAUUAACUUAAGCGAGAGACAGACUUAACUUUCUAUGUAUCCUUAAGAUUCGCCUCCGAAGUGAAGCAGUCUUGGGGUUUGGCAUGCACAUGUUUGGCCCAAUUCUAAAGCUGGCAAACUGAGUAAGGGCUAAUGCCUCUCCAUCAUGUUUCGAAGGGUGGACAUUUAGAGGGUGAGCACACAGCGUAAGGAAAAAUAAAUAGAAUAGUAAUAAAUUGUGUUGGAAAAAAUUAAACCUUACUAUAUCCACAGUAGCAAGUAAUGUCUUCCAUUAGCUGUGAAAAAGACUGAUUGGGAUGAGACCUUAAUUCUUUAGCAAUGCGUGUUUAUCAGUAAAGCUAUGGGAAGGUACACAAUUGGAAUCUUGUGUUAAUUAGAAUGUCAAAUAUAUGCAUAAACAUACAAUUUUAAACAUUUUACAGGGAAAAGUUGCCACUAAAAGAAUAGGGAAGAAUUUUACUGCAAAUUGGAGAUUUUAAGCAGCGUUACUCAUAGUGACCCUGAAAUUCUCUGGACUGUGAAGCAGGAAAAGUCAGUCAUACACUUCUCACUUGGUGUUCAGUUCUAAAGCACAACCCUUCUCCAGUACUGUUAUAAAAACAAAUUUUUGAUGAUGCUUCAGUUUCUAGUUAAGAAUUAUUAAAAUAAUAUGUAAAUACUGUAAAAGGCCAGAGAUUAUUACGUAGAAAUAAAGGCCUAAAGUGAGUUAAAAACAAAAAUUAGUGUAGAGCAUAGAAAUCAAUAUAUUAAUGCCUUCCUGACAAAGUGGCACAUGCUAUAUGAGGAAGGAAUUUUGGUCAGAAUUCCAACCCAAUGAGGCAUUCCUGUAUCUCAGUAGAUACUUAAUAUACUUAACAGCUGGAUAUCAGAUACCUGAUGUUAAAGAUGUGAGUUUCCUCCCUAAUUUGAGUUAAUGCCUUCACUGUUUCAGAUGUACAUAGGUGCUGGAGUGGCUUAUGGAUCACGCAUUCUUCCUUCUGCUGUAAUUUUGAAGUUUCAUCUGCUUAGAAAUCUUCCCUUUCCCUUUUGUCUCCCCACUCCCCAAAACAGAAAAUCAGUAUCCCCUUUGUUUAAUUCUCAGAAUCAUCUGCAAGGGAGAUUUUUAUAGUCGUUUUAAUUUUAUUUUAAAAUAUUGUUAUAUACAGGUUUUUUUUUUUUUGUAAUACAUACUUAAAAUUACCUAUGGGAAUACAACAGCGUGUUCCUGUAAUCCCUUCUGGUUAAUGGAUGUGAAAGUUUAAUUUAAAUUUACAGUUCAAAUGAUCAUGGAGAACACGAACCGAUCAGAAGGUAUGCUUUACUAUUAAGAACUUCAGUUCAGCUCCCUUUGCAGCACUGUAACAUUUAAAACAUCCGUAAGGACUUUCUUUCUGAUGCCUUAACUUAUUUACAUAUGCUAAAAUUUUGUAGCUGGUGCCUGUGUGCAGAAAUUUAACUGACAUUAAAACAAUUUAAAGUGGCAUGAGCUAGUAUAAAUCCAAUGAAAAUGCUGAAUGUGACGACUUGUUACUUGUUAAUAGAUUUCAAACUGCUGGAUUUUUCAGUGGAUACUUAAGUUUCACAUAAUUUGUCAUGUAAUAAUGUUUUCAUUAGUUCUAACACAUUGAGGAAGUGUACAAAAAUCCAUGGAAAAUGUGAAUAAAUGAAUGGGAGAUAA